CAAGCGUUGAUUAGGAAAUGAUUAUUUCACAUUGUCCUCUAAAUGUAAUAUAGAAUAAAUAUUAUGAUCAGUUAUGUGGUUUGUUACAGCGCGACAAGCAAUUGAACAAUGCUCCAAUCCCAUGUUGAAACUGCGUCCUCUGUAUGAAGGAACACAAAAUUCCAAACUCAAAGCGAGAAGAAAUGUGGGUAAGAACCUUACUGGAUGUCGAUCAGUCGACAUCUUUCAAAUCCUUUCCUUUGCUUGUUAUUGUUGCAUGUCAUUGUAAUGCCCUCUUGAGGAACUCAACUGGCUUUUCUGGGUAGCUCUAUAAGCUUUAAACUGUUCUCUCAAGAUGAACCAAAAAAGACCACAAUUUUUGGUCAGUUAUUACAGGAGGAAUUUCAAGUACCCGAGAAAACGUGCGGUGUUUGGUAAAAGGGUUUUGUAGAUGGAAAUUUCGUGAAUUUUAUACAUUAGAUCCCAAAAUCCUGGUGCUUGAUAAAGAGCCAAACAUAGAACUGUCCAUUCUCACAUGUGACUGAGGUGAAAUUAAAAUUAGGAAACUACAGAGAUGAAAGUCCUAUACAUGUAUUAACAACUAUUGUACCACUAACGCCCCUUCGUUCAUACUAGAUUUUCUCCAGCCAUACAAAGAAAGACCAAAGACUACAAAACUGGUCGCAAACCGCUUGGUCGCUGGAGCACUGGGUAUGAGAUCAAAAAUGUCCAAGGAAGAGAGGCAACUUGAACGAGAGAAAAUUAAAGCUGAGCGAGGCAAGUAGAUAAAAUAUAAUUUAUUUUACUUUUGGAUUAACUAUUCCAAGAAAACCCACACAAAAUACAGGAACGUAUAUGGCUGUAUUUGAACCAUUCCAGUUAUAACUGGCUGUAUAAUUACACGUUUAACUGGAAUGGUUCAAAUUGAUUAGGGAUCAAUUUCGAAUCCAAAUGCUAUUCUAAUUAACUUGUUGGCAGUUGUUGUUUAACAUGUUUCUUGGAAAAUGUCCAAGCGUUAUUAGAAACGCGGAAUUCGACCAAUGUGCCACACAGUUUAUAUUCAUACCCUAUAACUAAUAAAGUAAUACAUUUCAUAUUUCGCUUAUUGUAAACUUAUUUUAAUUUCCUUACAGAAAGAAAGGUGAAUAAAGAGAAACAGAAAAAAGACUUAUGGGAAAGUGAUGAUCUAUAGACGCAACUGGACAUUCACGCUUCAUUCAUUCGUAUUAAUAUAACAUUUCAAAUUAAUUAAAAAUUCUCAAUUUUUAAUCUAAUUCUUUUUACCUGUACAUAAUAUUUUUUAAUUAUUUUAUUUGAAUGACCAUAAUGACUAAUGUUUAAAAUGUUUUCCUAGUUUGUAGCUGGCUACAGAAAUGGAAAUAAAAUUGUACUUGCAUGAAAUUGG